UUGACCUACUUUGCGCAUAUAAAAUUGCGUGAUGUCGACAGAUAAGGCGACACUUUUCGAAAUGUUGCUGGUCUUGUCGUUGGUCGUGGUGACCGUCGUUAGCGGCGACGUGCACGAGCCGAGAAUAUCUCAGUUACCGUCGGGCGAGGUAGAAAUCGCUAUUGAAGGCCCCCCUGAUGUCGAGUGGCAGCAAGUUCGAUACACCAUUGAAGGUGUUCAACACAGUGGCGUGUUUCACAAGUCGCCUGGUGGUCAUUUCUACCACCACAAACAAGACGCUGGUCAGCUGGGAGGGAAAGUCCACUACACUCUGGUCGGAGAGAAGGACAGGCAGAUGGUUGUUGUGGACGGAUUUCGCGACACAGCUCCCCCUGCUAUGAUACUGUUUCCCCAUGGGCGUCCUCGCCGGGCGGAACACAGAGUGAUGCGUGACGACUUCGACGGCGGCUCUCUAAACAGGGGCCUCUGGGACUUAGAGCACUCCAUGUACGGAGGUUAUAACGGCGAGUUCCAAGUGUACGGUUGCGACCCUAAGAACGUAUUUCUGCGGGACGGACAUCUGUUCAUCAAGCCGACUCUGACGUCCGAGAAGUAUGGCGAAGCAUAUCUGCACUCCGGCACCAUGGAUAUGGCGCAAAUGUGCGGGUCCUGCACGGUUUCCGGAGAAAAUGGCUGCCACAGGAACGGACACGACGGCAUACUUCCACCGGUUAUGUCCGGAAAACUGAAAAGCAAGAAUCAAAUUCGGUUUGGUCGUGUCACCGUUCGUGCCAGAACUCCUCGAGGCGAUUGGCUGUGGCCAGCCAUCUGGAUGUUGCCGGGAAGCAGUGCUUACGGCGGUUGGCCGAGAUCCGGAGAGAUCGACAUGAUGGAGAGUAAAGGUAACACUGGGUUUAACAACGCGGUGGAAACCACCCUGCAUUGGGGUCCGGAUCCAAACCAAAACAGAUUUUCGAUGACCCACGCCUCUAAACAAGGAAGCUUUGCUCAGGGCAUGCACACAUACGUUCUUGACUGGACCAUGGACCAUAUCAAAGUCUCAGUAGAUGAUCAGCAAAUUUUCUACGUGGCAAUUGGUAAUGGUGGCUUCUGGCAGAAAGGCGGGUUUUCAGGAGCAAAUAUAUGGCAAAGCGGAACAAAGAUGGCUCCCUUCGAUUUUUAUUUCCCGCAACGAUCUCUAUUCGUACGACACACGAACACUAACAUGUUCUACCUGAUCCUAAACGUGGCCGUGGGCGGUACGAAAGGCUGGUGGUCCGACAGCGUCCACUACAACUCGCACAAGCCAUGGAACAACCACCAGAGUCAGCGGGACGCUCAGAAAUCUUUCUGGGACGGCCGCAGCAACUGGCAAGGCUCGUGGCAUGGGGACGACGUCGCCAUGGAGGUGGACUACGUGGAGAUGGUCGAAUACAGCUAGGUCCUCGUGGCGCUGAGGGGCGCAAGACAAUACCAAAAUUAGUUUUGGAUUUUAUAACCAUUAUAUUGCAGUGUAUAUUAAAUGGUGCAAAAUGAUAUAAUUGAAUUAUAA